AUGGCAGCGGCAGGUGGGGAAGAGGCAUUGCCUGUGGCGCCGGCGGACAUGUCGGAUAGCUUGCGGCUGCUGGAGGAUGCCAUUGAUCACUACCGGCACCGACAUGAGGCUUGCUUGGCUCAAAGCGCUGGAGGCGAAGCCGACCCGUCGGCCAUUACCGUCAACGUUCACCCAGAUGUCCAGGUUCAACUCAAUCGAGAGGAUGAAAGCACUGUACGCUUGGCCAACGGCACGGUCAUUCAGCAUCGGUAUGCUUGCCUCGAUCGCCGCGUCUCGUUUCCCACCGUCUUGCUCCUUCUCUCUUUGUACCGGAUCGAUUGUUCAAGCCGGAUCGUCAACCUGGCCUCAACUCGGCAAUCCUUGUCCCAUCGAUCCCUCCCCUCUAGCUUCAACGGCACCAAGAUCGUGUCCUUGCCCGACGGUACCGUUGUGGAAAUCUUGCUGGAUGGUACCCGCUACAUCCGCAAUGCGAGGACCGGGACCAUAUUGACAGAGACAGCCGACGGCGCCCAGAGCGUUUCCAACCCGGCACAGACCCCACUCCAUAAACCGGAAAAGCGGGUCGGCUUUGGUAGUCUGGCGCCCUUGUUGGAGAAACAACAAAUGUACGCUUCGACAACCAACAACGCUGAACACACGGGUACUGCUCAGUCGCCUGCGUUGGACAGCACAACCAACGCCAGUGCUAGCCCCAGUCCCAGUCCCAGUAAAGGUACCACUGCCUCAGCUUCAGCCAUGGACCGAUCGGCCGUUGAAGAACCUGAUGAGGAUCAAGAUGCGUCCCUGGAUGAGCCAGAUUCUGAAGACGAUGUUGAUAGCAGCUCAGAUGAGGAGGAAAUCGAUCGCAAGCCCAGCCUACCAGACGCCGCCUCGGCCGCCUCGGUCGUUGAGCAUGACAAUGUCAUUCACCAGGGCUGGCUGUUCAAGAGUAACGGCCUGCUCGUCUACUUUCCCGAUGCCCCACAAGCUUCGGGUCGGAAUAGUACCCCCAUCAACGCCAUUGACGUUGUAGGAGCCGAGGUGACACAAUCUACCAGCAGUAAACGUCCCCAUGGCUUUAUCGUCGCCUCGGAUCAGAGUGCCAAACGUCGCAGUAGUGCCACCAAUAAGCGCGAGUACGGUCUUGCUGCUCAUUGUCUCGUUCAAAACUACAAAGCUGGGACUGCGCUCACCAACGGCCUGCCACUCAUAACCACGUCGAGUAGAAAGUAUGUCCUUGCUGGCAGCAGCGAUGCUGACCGUGACGCCUGGAUGGCACGGAUCCGCUACUGUGCCGCCCUCGACUCGCAGUCGCUGGAUGGUACAAUCCUCCCCGUCGCGCAGCACUCUCUCGCAUCGCGUUUUACAAACUUUGCACGUGGUAUCAAUGCCUCCAACAAGGUCCGCCAGCUGGUCUCGAAACAAAAAAUUCGCUUCCAAAAGGAUGGAUUUGAUCUCGACCUGACCUACAUCACGCCCAACAUUGUGGCCAUGGGCUACCCGGCGGAAGGGACCGAAGCCGUCUAUCGCAACCGCUACGAGGAUACCCUGCGCUUCUUGGAAGAGCGGCAUCCCGGGGCCUACCGUGUCUACAAUCUUUGCUCCGAGCGCGCUUACCCUCCUUCACGGUUCCACAACCGUGUUGGCGUGUACCCAUUCGACGACCACAAUCCAGCGCCACUGCCGCUCGUGUUGGCGUGUUGUGCGGACAUUCAUGCCUGGUUGGCUGCCAAUCCCGAACGCAACGUAGCUGCCAUCCACUGCAAGGCCGGAAAAGGCCGCACCGGGCUCAUCAUUAGCUGUUAUUUGAUGUACGCCGGCAUUUGCCCGGAUCCGGACAGUGCCAUGACCAUGUUUGGCGCUAAGCGCACACAUAACGGCAAGGGGGUGACCAUCCCAUCUCAACGCCGUUAUAUCCGCUACUUUCAUACUAUGUUGCAAGGGGAUCGUACCGUGCCCCCGGCAACGCCAUUGACUCUGACAGGCAUACGUCUGCAUGGCGUCCCCAACUACGACUUUUCGGGUGGUUGUCAGCCCUACUAUCAGGUCUACCAAGAAGGCGUGCUCAUCUUCUCUUCAAAGCCCGCGGAGCUGCGGCAGCUUCAGGCGUACAAGCGCCAAACCCAUCGCGAUAUCCGCUUUUCGUGCAAUAUGGCUAUCGAGGGCAAUAUCCGCAUCGAGCUGUGGGACUGUGACCGUGGCUUCCAUUCCGAAGAGAAGAUGUUUGCUGCGACUUUUUUUACCGGCAUGGUUGAGGGGACGUCUCUGCGCAUGGUUCGCCAAGAACUGGACGGGGCGCACAAGAAGAAACACCUCAAGAUGUUCGAACCCCAGUUUGCAAUGGAGUUGACCUUCAAGUCUUAG